AUGGACACGGACAGCUUCGCGUACCCGCCGGAGCGAUCGUCCCGUCGCAGAGACGGAGACCCCGAGCGCCUCGUGAAGAUCUACGCCGGAAAGCUGUUCGACCCGCACUCGCUCCAGCUGCUGCCGCGGCGCGUGGUGACCGUCUCGGAGGACUUAGGUUUGGUCGUGGACGUCGAGCCGUACACGGAGCAGGAAGCGAACGAGGUGGACUUUGGAGGGGACGAGAAGGCGAUCGACCUGCGGGACGCGACAGUCCUUCCUGGCUUUGUGGACGCACAUGUGCACCUGUUCCUUCAUUCGUAUGGCGAAGCCUCAUGGGGCGAACAGCUCACAAAGGAGAGCCUCGUGGAGCGCACCGUACGCGCCACCGUUCACGCCAAGCGGACAUUGAUGGCGGGGUAUACUGCUGUGCGGGACCUAGGAACAGAAGGCGCGGAAGACGCUGACAUUCACUUGCGGAAGUGCAUGUCUGGCCCGAACCCUAUCAUCUCGGGACCCCGAUAUUUUUGCGCGAACCGGGCAAUCAUUGCAAGUGGCAGCUAUGGUCCGAAAAGCAACCUGCACUUGCACCAAGACGGCGUCGAAGGUGUCACCGGAGCGCAGUUCGUCGAUGGCGAAGUCGAGUGCGUCAAGGCUGUUCGGAUGCAGGUGGGCGCGGGAGCAGACUGGAUCAAGGUCGCCCGGAACUUACGUUGCUCAAUGACGGUUAUGAACGCUUUAGACUAUCGCCCACGCACCCGCAUCGCGGAUGUGAACACCAAGCUCCCUCGCACCGCGCUGCAGACGUUCACGACCGGCGAGGUCAAGGCUAUGGUGUCCGCUGCUCGCCAACUAGGCGUUAAGGUGGCAGCGCAUGCGCAGACGUGGCGUCCGGAUCUCCUACCGGAGAACGGAGGCGUUGACACACUCGAGCACGGGAACAAUAUUCCCGACGAACUUGUCGACCAUAUCGUGAAGUCAAGGGUCACCUGGGUCCCGACCCUGUCCGUGUUCUACUCCGAGGACCACGAAAAGGCUGCAGGUGGCCCGUGGGAUACGACCUCACGUAACUUCCAGGAAGCGAUUCAGCGAGGUAUGACGAACAUCGCCUGUGGCGGCGACACGGGGCCGUUCCCUCAUGGAGACAAUGCGCUGGAAAUGAAGUUAAUGGUUAGGCUCGGCGCGGAUUGGAGGCACGUCCUGGGGUGGGCGACCCUAGGGGGCUGGCAUUGCAUUCGGAGUGCGGCUUGGGAAGGCACGCAGGGCGCGGCACGGUUGGCACUCGUGGACGAGCUGCAGGAGAGCGCGCAGGAGGUCGGAGACAACGAGGUGCCAUUUGGUGUAGUCAGGAGGGGCUUCGCGGCUGAUAUCGUGGCAACGAAAGGCGACCUGGAGAAGGAUUUCGAGAAUGCGGUCGAUAAAUCGAGCAUUGUCUUUGUCAUGAAGGGAGGGAAGGUCUUCAAGCGAGGUGGCCGGGAACUCGUGUAG